AUGCUCAUUGCAACAAAUGGCGGUGAGUGCGUACUUGAUAGAUGUUGUGGACAGAAAUGCAAGAGUACGCAUCAAGGAACUUUUGCAAAUUUGAAUGUUAAACAGUCUCAACCAUGCAGAUGUAUUGUAAAUUCUACAACGGCUCUUCACUGCGCUGGAAGAGGCCAAGAUUUCAAAACAGAUUCCACAAUCUGUGUCACAAACGGCAUUUUGACAAUGCAUGACGUUAAUUUAACUCAGAAUAAGGCGAAGUAUGGAGCUGGAUUUACGUUCAGAUACCUUAAUCUUCAAGGAUCUUCUGCCAAAUAUUUGAAUAUUGACAACAACGUAAAUUCAGAGGAGUACGGAAUUAUAUGCAGAGAUAAUGAUGAAACAUCAAACCAAUAUAUUUUAACUCUUGAAAAUAUCAAUAUAUUACGAAAUUCUUUCUCAGAUUCCACAAAUGGCUGCAUUUUCUCAUAUUUCAAUGACAGAGCUGAAAAAGGAGCCAAAAAUACAAAUAUUAAUUAUUGUAAUGUCAGAGAUAACAACGCUAAAUAUUUGGCAUAUUCAAAUCUCCCAGCAUCUGUUUUCACAUUCAGAGGAUGCUUCUUAGAUGCAACAGAAAAACGAACAUGUGUUGUAAAAAUUGAACAAUCUGUAUCGGAAUCAGUUAACAACAAUCGCGACUAUUACUAUACUGAUAACUGUGUUUAUUAUGAUGCCACAGCAGUCGAAACUCCAUUUAUAACUGCAGUUGAAACUCCAUACCUAACAUCUUUUGAAACACCUUAUCUAACAGCAGCCGAAACCCCAUUUAUGACAGCAUUUGUAACACCACUACAAACAGCUGUUCCUGAUAAACCUUCUGAUGAAGAUGAGUCUCAUGAUGGAAAAGAUGACAAAAAACCAGACACAGAUGACAAAACACCAGAUACAGAUGAUAAAAAACCAGAUACAGAUGACAAAACACCAGAUACAGAUGAUAAAAAACCAGAUACAGAUGACAAAACGCCAGAUACAGAUGACAAAACACCAGAUACAGAUGACAAAAAACCAGAUACAGAUGACAAAAAACCAGAUACAGAUGACAAAACACCAGAUACAGAUGAUAAAAAACCAGAUACAGAUGAUAAAACACCAGAUACAGAUGACAAAACACCAGAUACAGAUGACAAAACACCAGAUACAGAUGACAAAAAACCAGAUACAGAUGAUAAAAAACCAGAUACAGAUGAUAAAACACCAGAUACAGAUGACAAAACACCAGAUACAGAUGAUAAAACACCAGAUACAGAUGACAAUAAGACAUCAGAGACAAAAGAAAAUGAAGAUAUUCCAAGUCCAACACAAGGCAAAUUAGAACAAAAAGAUAAAGAACCGGUAAAGAAAAAGAAUAAUUGGUGGAUAUAUGUUGUAGCAGGUAUUGCAGGAUUUUUGCUUCUGACAUCAGGAAUAAUAUUCUUCCUGUGGAAGAAGAGAGAUGAAGAUUCAACUGAUGAAGUAGUUAUUGAAAAUGUUGACAACAGCAACAAUAAUGAUGGAGUAUCAUAUCUUGAUAAUAUUACAGUUAAUUAUGAAGAAUCAGUUAUCAAUAUUGACGGGCAUUUUGAUAUGCCAGAGUUUGGAGAUGAAGGCGAAGAAGUCUCAAAUCCAAGUGAUUUCUUCAUAAUGCAAGUUGAAGAAUAA